AUGAAGAGGUAUGAAAAGCCAGAAUCUGAAAGUGAAGAUAGUGAAAGUGAAGAAGGGGAGAGAAAUAUUAAUAUCGAGAUCAAAGACAGAGAGGGAGGAGAAGGGGGUGAGGAUGAACACAAGGAUGAACACAAGGAUGAACACAAGGAUGAACACAAGGAUGAACACAAGGAUGAACACAAGGAUGAACACAAGGAUGAACACAAGGAUGAACACAAAGAUGAAGAGAACGAGGAUGAAGAGAACGAGGAUGAAGAGAACGAGGAUGAAGAUAACGAGGAUGAAGAGAACGAGGAUGAAGAGAACGAGGAUAAAAAGAACGAGGAUCAAGAAGAUGAUCAAGAAGAUGAUCAAGAGGACGAUUCAUCAGAUUCAGGAUCAGAAAGUCUUAUAUCUAUUGCUAAGGUUAAAUUUCGAACCAAAAAAAGAGAUGAAAAACCGAAAACCCUGGAGGAUAAGUCUCAAAUCGAACGAUCAGUGAAGACGAUUGAACACAAUUUAAAUGUGGUAACGCGCUUGGAAACCCAAAGGAAACUUAAAGAGGGAUGGGGAAAAGAAGAGGACGAGAUAGUAGCUACAUUGGACGAUAAAGAUACAGAGAAAGAUAAUGAAAAGGAGAAUGAGCUCGAGCUAUGGAAGCAGAGAGAACUUAAUAGGAUGAGAAGAGAGAGGCAAAGACUAAUAGAAAAGGAGAUGGCAAGAUAA